GAAGGCAGUGCUCAUAGAAUGAGAAAUUACAUUUGCUGCCAGUCAACCGUAUUAGCGAGGCUUCAGGCCAUUGGAAUAGUCGUAGGUUGGAGCAGUCUUUCUGUGAGGUUGACAUUCGUCCGUGUAUGUGGCAGUGGUAAGGAGCACUUUGUACACAGUAUAUGGCCAUCAUAAACGGCUGUCUAUGGCUCGGCCGUAUCAUACACCAUAGGUUUUGUAUGACCGAAGCCCAAUAUACUCCGUAGACGCAACGCGUCAGAGAACACGAUACCCUGUGCAAAGCCCUCGUUCUACUAUGUACGUAACCAUAAGUAGGCGAAUGAGCCCGACCGUGGUAAGAAGUAUUGGUAAAUUGGUGCUCUGUACACUGAGUCCGUGAGUGUACUGUGGAAGGUCUGCAAACAGUCAGUAGUAGUGGUUUGUUUUCGCUCCGUAAAGGUAUGCAAACAUCUGUCUCAAAUGCACCUCGGGUACUCGUGUCCAUAGUGAA